UGUUCAGUUUUGUUUUGUUUUCGACGUUCUAUACUUUACCAUCCCCACUCAUCGAUCUCAGGAGCCUUCCAUUUUCACCCCCUUCAACUUCUCCCCUGUUUCACCUGGAAGGCUCCUUUCUUCCAAUCUUCCAAAAUCAGAAACAAUCCAACUCAUUCACACCUUCAAGAUCUGUUCUCCGGUAAGAUCUUACCACAAUCUUGAAAAAAACCCAUUCAAUUUCACCCUUUUAAUCCCCAAGAUCUGUUCUAAAUCUAAUCAAUAUUCUUGAUCUCCCCUGUUUUCCCCUGUUUCUGUUUCGAAACUAGUGUUGAUCAACUACUCAUAUAAUCAACCUAGUUAAUAUUUCUGUUGAGAUUAGAGAACUAUGGAGUGAAAAUCUUGAAAAAAACCCAUCAAUUUCCCCUUUUUAACCCUCAAGAUCUGUUCUAAUCAAGAUUCUUUAUCUCCCCUGUUUCCCCUGUUUCUGUUAUGAAAUCAUUUUUGAUCAACUAAUCAGUUGAGUUAAUGUCUGUCUGUUGAUCUUACAGAAGUAUGGAGUAAUAAUCUUGAGAAAAAACUUUCAAUUUCCCUUUUUAAUCUUCAAGAUCUAUUCCAAUCAAGAUUCUUGAUCUCCCCUGUUUUCCCCUGUUUUUGUGUUGAUCAACUAAUUAGUUGAGAUAAUAUGUCUAUUGAGAUUAGGGAAGUGUGGAGUGAUAAUCUUGAACAAGAAUUUGCAAUAAUUAGAGAGAUUGUUGAUGAUUAUCCAUACAUUGCAAUGGAUACAGAGUUUCCUGGUGUUGUGCUUCAACAUUUGACACCCUACAAGAACAUCACUGAUUAUAAUUAUCAUACAUUGAAGGAUAAUGUAAACAUGUUGAAGUUGAUCCAAUUGGGUUUGACAUUUUCCGAUGAGGAUGGGAAUCUUCCCACUUCCGGUUCCGGAAAGCCCUGCAUUUGGCAGUUUAACUUUCGCGAGUUUAACGUUAACCAAGACAUCUUCGCGAACGAUUCAAUCGAGUUGUUGAAACAGUCCGGGAUUGAUUUUAACAAGAUUGCGGAAAAGGGUGUGGAUAAUGUUCGGUUUGGGGAGCUUUUGAUGUCGUCGGGAGUUGUUUUGAAUCCGAAUAUUUGUUGGGUGACUUUUCAUGGUGGGUAUGAUUUCGGGUACUUGAUUAAGUUAUUGACGCGAAAGGAGUUGCCCGGAUCGCAGUCUGUGUUUUUCGGUUUGAUGGAGGUUUAUUUUCCUGUGGUUUAUGAUGUUAAACAUAUGAUGAGGUUUUGUAAUAGUCUUCAUGGAGGGUUGAAUAAACUCGCGGAGAUCUUGGAAGUGAAAAGAUUCGGCGUUUGUCAUCAAGCGGGUUCGGAUAGUUUGCUGACGCUUCACGCGUUCAAGAAACUGAAAGAGAGUUAUUUUAGUGGAUCCAUAGAGAAGUAUGGGGGUGUUUUGUAUGGGUUAGGGGUGGAUACAGAUGAGCAAAAUAAGUAGGAAGCGAAAAACGUGACGUUUGAAUAUGUUUUCGGGUUAAAGUGUUGCUGCAUCCUAGUUGUGUUUGGUCAUGUUCUUCAUGAUCUUUACUGUAAAGUAGUGUUCAAUAACAAGUUUAAAGGUUUCUAUAUAUUUUGUCUAGCCUUUGUGUUUCAA